AUGAACAAAGAAGUAAGGGAAUGGGCGCAGACGUGCUUAGCUUGCCAAAAGUGCAAAGUAAUAAGACACACUAAAAGCCCCCUUGGCACUUUUCUUAUCCCUGAUGCCCGUUUCGAACACGUCCAUAUAGAUUUAGUUGGCCCCCUUCCAGAAUCUCAUGGAUACACCUAUAUGUUAACCUGCAUCGAUCGCUUCACACGAUGGCCUGAAGCAGUACCCAUCAAGGAUAUAUCUGCUGAAACUGUCGCACGCGUCUUUGUGGAGAGAUGGAUCGCAAACUUUGGAUGCCCAUCUUCCAUAACAACUGAUCGUGGGCGGCAAUUCGAAAGCGGUUUAUUCUUCGCUUUGACUAAAAUCCUUGGUUGCAUGCGUUUUCGAACGACAGCCUACCAUCCUCAAGCGAAUGGUAUGGUAGAACGUCUGCACAGACAGUUGAAAGCUGGUUUAUCAGCUGCAAAUAACACCCACUGGACUGAAUCCCUUCCGUUAGUUCUCCUAGGGAUACGAAACGCCUUAAAAACCGAUGCUGGUUGUACUACCUCUGAGCUAGUAUAUGGCACAACACUACGACUGCCAGGUGCAACGGGCACUGGACAGGAAACAAACGAAGCACGGGAUCCAACGAACAACACUGAGGAAGCUAUGUACAGACACCCUAUUAGCAUAGGCAGACAGACCAGCAGGCUCUCCAUCAAGCCGCUUGGAAGAUUUUUUUUCACCCAUCAGGGAACCAUCGAGAUUUUUUUACUUCCGGCUGGUCAUGUCUUAGGGUCCUCACAACCCCACUAG